GGGGAUCCGUAGGAUCCCCCGCCCGCCCUAUGCAGGUUGAACAUAUCCAAACCUCAGAUGCCCUGAACAAGGCGAUGUCUUUGAUAUAUCAAAAUAUGUUGUGUUUCUUAUCGAACCUUAUUUGGUUAUCGUCUAACCUAUGCUCCAAUGAUGCUGCUCAACCUUGGCAAUUUGGCUUUCAAGAUGGGGGUUCUCCAAGCUACGAGGGGAUAGUAGAACUUCACGAUGAUAUCAUGUUCUACCUGAUUCUUAUCUUAGUAGGGGUAGCCUGGAUGCUUAUGUCCACGAUCCGCAACUUCAAUUGGAACCAUAACCAGAUCGUUCACAAAUACCUUAACCAUGGAACGGUUCUAGAGCUUAUUUGGACUAUCUCACCAGCACUCGUUCUGAUAGCUAUUGCUUUCCCUAGUUUCAAACUCCUUUAUCUAUUAGAUGAGGUCAUCGAUCCAGUGAUGACUGUUAAAGCUAUAGGUAAUCAAUGGUAUUGGUCUUAUGAAUACUCUGAUUACGUGGAUCAGGAGGGUCAAUCUAUUGAGUUUGAUUCUUACAUGGUUCCAGAGUCUGACCUAGAAAUAGGGGAUUUAAGACUCCUAGAAGUUGACAACCGAGUUGUGGUACCAGUUGAUACACAUAUACGGUUUAUUGUUACGGCCCGUGACGUAAUUCACUCUUUUGCUGUUCCUUCUCUUGGUGUUAAGCUUGAUUGCAUCCCAGGUAGAUUGAACCAAUUCUCUCUUGUUAUUAACCGUGAAGGGGUCUUCUAUGGACAAUGUUCUGAACUGUGCGGGGUGUUACAUGGAUUUAUGCCUGUGGUUAUUGAAGCGGUUUCUCUUGAGCAGUAUUUGGCCUGGCUCUCUGACCAAAUUUCCCCCCUAUUUAACAAAGAAGGUUAUACCCCCUGUAUUUACUUAUGUAAUACCCAUUUACCUUCGGUUUGCUAG